CACUUAAUAUUUCUUUUUCCUUUCUUUAACUAUUUCUUCACUUCAUCCUAUUUUCACGGCACCACCAGAUUUUAAGUCCUUUUAAGCGCCGCCGCAAAAUCUGUGGCCGUCGCCGGAAAGAUGGAUUCAUCAACACCGGUUUCCCAUACGAUUAAUAUUCCGGGAAUCUCACAAGAAAGCUCUCGGGAAGAGUCUCUCCUAUCUUCCAUUGAAGGAAAAUUGGAAGCCAAUUGUUCAUCCGUUACCAUCUUCAAAGCUCCAAGCGAAAUCAAUAUUGAAGGUAGAAACGUGUUCGUUCCCGCCAAAGUUUCAAUCGGCCCUUUCCACCACGGCGCUGCACAUCUCCAAUCCGUUGAAAAUCUCAAGUGGCGUUACUUGUCCACUUUCUUGAAGCACAACUCGUCUCUCACUUUACAGGAUCUUAUUAAAAUCGUUGUAAAAUCGGAGAGCAGAUUGAAGAAAUGCUAUGAGAAAAAGUUUUGCAGUUUGGAUAGGGAUGAGUUUUCGCUGAUCAUGUUGCUCGAUUGCUGCUUCAUUCUUGAGUUGCUUUUGCGAUACUCGAAAAGGAGGUUCAAGCGCCGGAAUGAUCCUGUUUUCACUACUCCUGGUUUGCUUUUCGAUAUAAAAUGCGAUUUGAUGUUGCUUGAAAAUCAGAUUCCAUACUUCCUUCUCGAUGAAAUUUAUGAAAAGGUGCUAGAUCCGCGAGAGGAAAAUAUGUUUCUCAGUGAUCUAACCUUCCGAUUCUUUAGAACUAUGGUACCUGGAGAUCGGAAAUUUAUGGGUGAUAACUUCGUGGUGGAAGCAGAUCAUUUACUCGAAAUGGUGCAUUCUUGUUUCCUCUCCACCUAUCCUCCAGUUAAGACGAACGAUAAAUUGAAAUCGAAAGAAUUACCUAGUGCGUCGAAGCUUAAAACUGCCGGAAUCAAAUUCAAAAACGCCAGAUCUUCAAAAAGCCUAUUGGACAUUAAAUUUCAGAACGGCGUCCUUGAAAUUCCGCCUCUCAGAGUGUACCAACAAACGGAGGCGAUUCUGAGGAAUCUCGCAGCUUAUGAAAUCCGUCAAUCCGGAACCGAUCAGCAAGUGAAAUCGUAUCUCAAAUUCAUGAGCCACCUUCUCCAGAGCGAUGGAGACGUGAAGAUACUCUGCAGAAAGAAAAUCCUGUAUGCUUUGGAGGACGACGAGGAGCAGAUUAUUGAGAAUCUGAAAUGGAUACGCGAGCAGAAGGAGAGCCUAUCGGGAACGUACUUUGCCGGCAUUGUUCAGAAAUUGAACGAGAAGCCGGACCGAUCAGUCGUGCGGUGGCGGAGGCUGAGAAGGAAGCCGACGGCCAUCGGCGUUGCCGCCGAUUUGAUGGUGGUUGUGAUCUUCGGCGCGGCCUUUUUCGCUGCAUUUUCAAUACUUCAGCGCCGUUACAAAUAAGUUACGGAGUGCAAAGACGACUAAACCAUAUCAAUCAAUAAGUUUUUAUUUUGGCAACCAAUCCCUAAACUUACUAAAUUUUACGAUUAAACCCUUCAGUGUUGCAAAAUUAAUUUUGGACAUUUAUCUUUUAUUAAUUAAAUUAUAAAUUUAGUCCUAC